AUGGGAGGUAAGGGGAGCAAAGCGAAAUGCACCACCGCCGUAGAGGUGCCUCGCUAUGAGGAUAGUCCCCCAGAAUCGACGAAUAUCGGUGACUUGGUUCUUUCAGGUCGGUACAAAGUGGCGUCCCCGGAGACGGUAGAGAUGAUGAAACAAAUUCAAUCGCCCCGUGAAGGUAACAAAAUGUACCCCGACUCCGAGGUGAAGGAUAUUAAGCAGUAUAUCAUUGAGCAGGAAGGUCUGGAUAUUGGUCAGGCCCGCCGACGUGCGUUGUCGCAGCAGUGGCGUUUCUUUUUAUCAUGCGAGCCGAUGCAACGUGGUUUAGAUGCGGGUAUUAUCCUCGGUAGUCUAUCUGCGUUUGUCGCAUUCCGGAAACCACGAAAUCGCAUACCCUUGAAGAUUGCCUUCAUAUUUUUUGGCGGCUUUUGUGUCGGAAUGGUGUCGGUGCCUCUUAUGGUUGUUGGUGCAGAUUCGUACAAUGCUCAACGUAUUAGGAAGCUGGAACAGGAACUGUUUGAGAAGCAGCGAUCUGAAUUUUACAGACGGUAA